AUGGUUAUGAGGUCAUUCAAGUUUUGGGCGUCCAGCCUUCUCUACGCGACACUUCUGAGAGAAUGUCACGCUCAACAAUCUGAUGCCAGCAUUGGCUCUGAGCUUGGUGGGAAGCUGUCAAGUGAUGCCAGCAUUUACUUCCCUGGAAAUGAUGCGUUCAAUAAUGCUACUGCGCGCUGGUCGCAGUAUGGCAAGCCGAACAUCAGCGUUGUUGUGGAGGUUGCGAACAAGUAUGAUGUUGCCGAAACGGUGAAAUAUGCCACCAAGUACGAUGUACCAUUCAUUGCCAUCAGUGGGGCCCAUGGAAAUAUUGAGAGCCUGGAAAAUGUUCACCAGGGAAUUGAGAUUUGGCUGCACAAGCUUAACACAGUCGACAUCUCGGAUAAAGGCGACACUGCCACCUUUGGUGGUGGUAUCCUCUCGCACCAGGUUAUUGAGGCCUUGUGGGCAGCUGGUAAACAGACCGUCACCGGUGUCUGUGACUGCACUGGAUUCCUCGGACCGGCUCUCGGUGGUGGCCAUGGGUACCUGCAAGGACGCCACGGCCUGAUCGCCGAUAACUUUGUUUCCUUAGAAGUCGUGACUGCUGAUGGAGAGAUUCGGACCGCGACACGAAAAGGGCCCGAGUCCGACCUGUUCUGGGCGAUGCAGGGCGCUGGUCACAACUUUGGCAUUGUGACCUCCGUCACCCAGAAGAUCUACGACGUCCCGAACGAUGGCGUUUGGGCCUUUGUCAAGCAUACCUACACCCAAGACAAGCUGGAGCUUCUCUUCCAGUACCUUAACAUCCUCGGAGAUAGUGGCAGACAGCGCGUUGACGUGAUGUACUGGGCUACCAUUUCCCGCGACGCGGAGCUGGAUCCUGUCAACCCCAUCAUCGACAUCUUCGUCCUGCAGGAGGGCGUCGCAACCCUGGAUGAAACGGUAUCGGUGUCUCUACUUAACUUUGCUCCUGUGAAGACCGUCACCCAGUCCGGCCCGUACGCGGACAUUACCAAAUGGACAGAAUUCGACAUGAGCUCGCGCACCUGUGAGAAGGGUGCCGAAGGCCCCCAAAUCGUCCGUUUCCCCAUCAACCUGAAGAGCUACAACUUGGAGGCGCUGCGCACCGCAUUCAAUGCCUUCGCCGAGGAAACCGUUGCCAACCCCGACUUCCAACAUUCUACUAUCAUGCUCGAGGGAUACUCCAACCAAGGCGUCCAGGCCAUCGACGAAGCCUCCACCGCUUACGCUCACCGUGCUGACACCAUCCUUGUCUCCUCUGUCAUCAUCUUCGAGAAUGCGACGGACCGGGCUGCAGCUGAUGUCUUCGGCGAUCGCGUGCGCGAUAUCUUCCACGAGGGCAGCGGGGAGUCUGAGAAGCACGUGUACGUGAACUACGCAUCUGGCGACGAGCCGCUGGAGACUAUGUACGGAUAUGAGCCAUGGAGACAGAGCAAGCUGUCCGCGUUGAAGAGGAAGUACGAUCCUGACAACAGAUUCGGAUUUUAUGCCCCUAUCCCUGCGGCGGACUGGUAG